AUAGAUUUCCGGUUUGAUCAGAAACAGGGCACUAGGACGCCUAUUAUAGCUGCUCAAGAAACUUUAAACGGUGUAAACGGAUCAGCAUCACAGUUUAAGAUAUGUUUUAUCACAUCUCUCUGGAACAUGAGAUUCUCCUUCAUCCUCGAUAUUUUGGCCCAAAUCUGUUAAGCACUGUGAAACAGAAGUUGUUUACAGAGGUGGAAGGCACAUGCACAGGAAAAUAUGGUUUUGUCAUUGCAGUGACUACAAUUGAUAAUAUCGGUGCGGGUGUCAUACAGCCCGGCAGGGGGUUCGUGUUGUACCCCGUCAAAUACAAGGCCAUUGUGUUUCGGCCAUUUAAAGGGGAGGUAGUGGAUGCAGUGGUCACACAGGUUAACAAGGUUGGACUAUUUACAGAAAUUGGCCCAAUGUCCUGCUUUAUUUCACGCCAUUCUAUUCCCUCAGAAAUGGAAUUUGAUCCAAACUCCAAUCCUCCCUGCUACAAGACAGUGGAUGAGGACAUUGUAAUCCAACAGGAUGACGAAAUACGAUUGAAAAUUGUUGGUACUCGAGUAGACAAGAAUGAUAUUUUUGCCAUUGGAUCACUUAUGGACGAUUAUCUUGGUCUUGUUAGUUGAUGUGUCUUCCAAAGACCAGUCGGCUUACAAUAUGUCUGUACAUGUAUAUAUAUUUUUUUCUCCUGCACUAGUUUUUAAGCAGGGUAGAUCUAACGUAGAUAUUUUUAUUACUGUUUUCCUACAGGGCAUGUUUAAACAUUAUUUAAGCUGGACCCUUAAACAAAAUGGGGAAAAUCUAAGUAAAGGAGUCUUUUAAUGACAUUUGAGAUCAGUACAUUCAUCCUCAGCUUGGUUGUCGUGUGUAUGUAUGUGUGUGUAAUAAGCCACAUUUUGCAGAAAGCUAAAGUUGCUUAUAUGCUAUAUACACAAGGUCAUUAUCUUUAAUUGAAGUACCUGUAUGCAUCUUACUCUUGUGCUAUACCAGCUAAAUUGGCACACUUGUUAAUUGCAUUUACUGUGGAUCUUUUUUUUAAAGCUAGAAUACAUGAUUGAUUGUAUAUACUUUUUAUAAAAAGUCCUGUGAACCUAA